ACUCCCACUACAGGAGGCAGCCACCUCAAGGAUGCGGGCUGUAUGCUGCCUUCGCGGGCCGCAGGAAAUUGUCCACGUCUGAGCUAGCUGAACGCAUAGAAACGCAAAAAUACGACUGAAAUCAUCGAGUUGACGUGACCGACCGUGCAACUUCGGAGCUCAGAACUAGGCGCUUCCGAGGGGACCUGAAGGCAGCACGGGGCGACGCGGUGAAUGAGGACACGAGCCAGGAGUUUGAUGGGAGAGCCACGCUUUCUCCGCUGUUGUAGUUUGUCUGUGUUUUGCUUUGUGUUGGUCGUCAUGGCUAAAAGGUACGACAUUCUGUUCAGGCUGCUCGUGCUCGGGGACUCGGGAGUUGGAAAGACUUGCAUGUUGCGCAGGUUCACGGAAAGUGAAUUUGACCCCUCACAUAUCUCCACCAUCGGAGUUGAUUUUAAAAUGAAAACACUGGAGAUAGAUGGAAUCAAGGUGCGCGUACAGAUAUGGGACACGGCUGGUCAGGAGCGUUAUCAGACCAUUACCAAACAGUACUACAGGCGGGCACAGGGUAUCAUCUUUGUGUACGACAUCACAAACGAGCCGUCCUUUCAGCACAUAGCCAAGUGGGCCAGUGAUGUGGAUGAAUAUGCCCCAGACAAGGUGCAGAGGAUCUUGGUAGGAAACAAGUCUGAUGAGGAGCACAGGAGGCAGGUGACAAAGGUCCAAGGAAGCAAGCUAGCAGAAACCUAUGAGAUGGAGUUCUUUGAAACCAGUGCCUCCACCAGCAGUAACAUCAGUGAGUCGUUCACUCGUGUGACAAAACUGGUGCUGCAGGCUCACAAGAGAGACGAGGACAACUUGUUGGGAUCCCUGGAUGAUUAUCUAGAAAAGGCGGCUUUGGGGGAAGAGAAGGGGAGUCAAGGCACUGACGACAACGCUCAGAGGAGUUGUGCCUGUUAGCAAAAAGUGCCCUGGCUGACACCUUUAAGACGUCUGUUCCCCAGUCUGACCCCGCGUAGGUACUGUGACCUGUUGGACAGGAGCUGUGCUUGAUUGGUUUCACUGUUUGUCAUUCGGGGAAGUUACAUGGUGGUAAGUGUAGUUAGCAGCAGUUACCAGCAGAGGGCCAGUCUUGCUGCCCGAUCUCUGAGCCCUGUAGCCAGUGAAGAGCCCACAGUUCAUGAGGGGAGCUGAGUCCGUUUGCUUCCGCAGACCUAUCAGUGCGCAUGCUUUCUCCGUUUUCCUUGGAAAAAAUGCACCACACAUCUGCUCUGUCGGUUCACUGUAUUCCGUCGCGUUUCUUGUUGCUUCUUAUUUCAUCAGCAAAUUGACUGCUAACGUGAUUUCAUAUAAAAGAAAUCUGCCUAUCAAAGUGAGUCUAGACGCUACAUCAAGGUAGACGGAGGACAGAGCUGAAUUAUUUACAGCUCGAAACUCAAACCAAGCAGAGAGAGAUUCAUUUACACGAUGGACUUAUUUCCUCAAGGGAGACAUUGUUGUGCCAUGUUCAAUGACUUUUCUGAAUGCAGUACAUGUUUAUUCACCAUCCUGAAUGUAUAUGUGCCGUUUGCUUUAUGAAUGUGACUUGCAUUGCUUACUGUAAGUUGUGCAGUGAAGCAUUGUUACUGCUGCUUAAUAUAAUGUUUUCAGGGGCUGCUGAGGUGCCACAGCCAUUGUAUUUUCAGUAUAAUGUUUGAAAUUUAAGAAUGAUGGGGGAAAAAUCUAGCAAUGCACAGUGUUUGGGGGAUAAAUAAAUUUAAAUUUCAC